GAGAAAAAAAGAGUCUAAAACUGAACAUUUGAAACAGUUGAAUGAAAAUUUUUUCUUUAAAUUUAAAGUUAAAUUAAGUGAUAAAAAAGGGAAAUUCUGUUAUCUGUAUAUAGUUUAAAGUGCUUUUUCGCGAUUUGUUGGUUAAAAUUAAUAGAAAAGUUGAAAAUUCGAAGAAAAACCGAGCAAAAAAAAUUUUCGACAUAAAAAAACGAAGUGAAAAAAGGAAAAAAUUCCAAAGUGCAGGAUAAUUCAACUAAACUAUACGAGAAAAAAGGGAAAUAGAAGUUUUUCAAAGUUUCCAUGGGGAAGAAAAAGAAGAAGUAAAUUUAACAAGGAAGUGAAAACGACGAAUAGAUAUCACUAUGGGACCUCCAAACAAAAAAAGGAAAUCGAAGAGACGACGACGGAAUUGGAGUAGUGAGCUAGGGUUCCUGUUUUUUGCCGUGCUCUUUCUUACGCUUAUAGAGCGUAAUCCAAUAGUCUAUGCUGACUUCGAGGAUACACAUGAAAAACUGGAAUUUCCAAAUGCAGUUACCAGCAAUAUUUCAAUACUUUUAGCAAACAUAACGGGUCAUACAACAAAUCAUACAAAUGAUACAGAGCAUGAAAAACCACCAAAAAAGGAUCCUCUUUUUCCUGAAGAUUUAUUCACAUUUGAACAGAGACAAAAUGGUGCUGUUGUAUUCCACAUCAUUGGUGUCAUUUAUAUGUUUGUUGCACUUGCAAUCGUGUGCGACGAGUUUUUUGUGCCUUCCUUGGAUGUUAUUAUUGAAAAGCUCGGCAUAACAGAUGAUGUGGCUGGAGCAACAUUUAUGGCGGCUGGUGGAAGUGCGCCUGAACUUUUUACUAGUGUUAUUGGCGUAUUUGUAUCAUUCGAUGAUGUCGGUAUCGGUACGAUUGUCGGAUCGGCUGUAUUUAAUAUUUUGUUUGUUAUCGGAAUGUGUGCAUUAUUUUCGAAAACACUAUUAACAUUGACAUGGUGGCCGCUGUUUCGUGAUUGUACAUUCUACAGUGUUAGUCUCCUUACGCUUAUCUAUUUUUUUCGUGAUAAUAAAAUCUUCUGGUGGGAGGCACUACUGCUAUUUCUCAUCUACGUAACGUACGCCGUAUUCAUGAAGUUUAAUCAGCAAGUUGAGAGGGCCGUGAAGAAAGUGGUGUAUAAGAAUAAGGUGACCAGAGUACGAAGCACUGACCAACUAAUGCCUGCUGGUAAUGCUGCAAACUCAUCUGAGACAUCAAUGGCAACUCAGGCAGGCGGUGGAUCUGUUACAUCACGUGCCGCAUCUGAGAGUCGAUCGGGACCAGGAUCAAGCAGCGCACCAGGUAAUAGCACAGCACAAACAGCCACUGGAGCGAAAUUCCGACACGGUUUACUGCAACUAAUGAUACAUACUAUUGACCCAUUGCACGAUGAAUCUGUUCCAGGUAAAGUUGAUGAGAAAGCAACCCAACUUCAUGCCAUCGCUUCUCUCAAAGUGCUUUUGGAUGCUACGAAACCCCAACGAGGUGCUGCAACAUCGUCAGCUGCCAAUCAUAUAAAAAUCAAUUUGAAAGAAACGACUUUGGGACGUCCAAAUGGAAACAUUGAUACAACUCUAGACUCGGGACCUGAUGAUGACGAACCAGAGGCACUUAGCAUGGCUUGGCCUUCAGGGACAAAAGAUCGAAUAACAUAUUUGUUGGUAGCACCUAUAAUUUUCCCAUUAUGGUUAACACUUCCCGAUACUCGAACUCCAAAAGGAAAGAAAUGGUUUCCUGUAACAUUUAUCGGCUCUAUUGUUUGGAUCGCAGCAUAUUCAUAUCUCAUGGUGUGGUGGGCAAAUGUAGCCGGUGACACAGCAAACAUUCCUCCUGAAAUCAUGGGAUUGACUCUCUUAGCAGCAGGUACAUCUAUUCCCGACUUGAUAACAUCAGUAAUUGUGGCACGAAAAGGAUUUGGUGAUAUGGCAGUCUCAAGUUCGGUUGGGAGCAAUAUUUUCGACGUCACAGUGGGUUUACCGGUUCCAUGGCUGAUUUACGGAAUCAUCUAUGGCGAGCCUGUGGAAGUGAGCUCCGAAGGUAUGGUUUGCUCAAUAACCAUAUUAUUCCUUAUGCUGCUAUUUGUUACCAUAUCAAUUGCGUGUUUCCGGUGGAAAAUGAACAAAGGCUUAGGACUCGUAAUGUUUGUGUUAUAUUUCGUUUUCGUUGCUGUUUCGCUCGGAUUUGAAUAUGAGUGGUAUAUAUGUCCACUUUAAAAUGAAUUUUUAUUAUCAAAUGUUCAAAUUGAGUACACGUACAUAAACGCCAGCAUAAAAAUAAUUGAAAAUUCAGAGACAUUAAGAGGAUGGUGACCACACGUCUGACUAUGAAAAAAAAAGAAACAAAAAAAAAAAAAUAAUAAUAAUAAUAAUAAGGCACGAAGAAAAGAGAUAAACCCCCAAAAAUUCCAUUAAAUUACGUUUCGUGAAUGAGAGAAUAAUAAUAUUAAAAUGUUAAAAAAAUGAUAAUUAUUGAACGAUAACAUCAAAAAAAAAAUACACAAGUAGAGCAGGAGAUGAUGAUAAUAAAAAAAUUUAAAUCUUUUGAAGAAAAAAAAAAUAUAUAUAUCAACAAAAAAAUGCGCAUAAACAGAAGGAAAACUUACAAUAAUACUGAAAAUAUGUUAUGUUUUAAGUGAGAAGAAGAAAAAAGUUUUUAAAAAAUAUAAUAACUUAUAAAAUAAAGUUUUUAAAAAAAAAUCAUAGGAAAAUUUUUUCAAUAACGGCAAAAGUAAAAACAUUUUCGGAAUCGAAUUUUAUAGUUUUUUCAAGAG